AUGUCGGGCUCCGGCACAGGCCCGACUCUCGCUCAUCGCAGCGUCGCCAGCAUCCGCUCAGCCCCAACGAUCCAGGAGUCGGGCACAGCGCCGCACACGCCUCCCCGCACAAUCUCCGCCACCUACGGGUCGCCAGCCACCAUCAGGGCCGACGACGACUUCCUCAUCAUCCAGAUCGGGUCGCGGUUCGUGCGCGCCGGCUUCGCGGGCGACAACCAGCCCAAGGCGGUGCUGACGUGCGGGCCGAGGGACCAGCGGCGGGCGGGCGACUUUAGGGACUGGCAGCAGGGGAGAGGAGAUGGGCCGGAUCUGCGGGCGGGGGAGAGGGAGUAUGAGAUUUGGAGGUGGGAUCUGAGGGAGGUUGACUUGGGGCUGGUGUACGACAAGCUGGAUCGGUUGCUGAGGGAUGCGUUUGGGAGGUGUUUGCUGAUUGACUCUCGGCCGAGGAGAGCUGGCCUUGUGCUUGACUCUGGGGUGCCGCUGCCAAUCCUGUCCACGGUCCUGAAUCUCCUGUUCAAGGGCUUUCAGACACCCAUCAUCUCCCUCAUGUCCACGGCAACAAUGUCCAUAGUGGCAGCUGGCGUCCGCUCAGGCCUGGUCAUCGACAUGGGAUGGGCCGAGACGGUAGUUACCAGCGUCUAUGAGUAUCGGGAAGUCAAGUGCACGCGCAGCGUAAGAGGAGGCAGGUAUCUUAACCGGGAACUCUACAAGCUUCUCCGGAAAAUCGUGACGGACAAGGAAGAAGACGAAGAAGGGAAACGCGCCGUCAGCUUCGCCGAGUGCGAGGACAUCAUGUGUCGGCUAAUGUGGUGUCGACCGCUGGCAGACAAGUCGACGCAGAAACAACCGCAGCGUCAAUCACAGCAGCUGGAUACGGUGGAGGAGCAGGAUGAGUCGGAAGCCGAGCCCGAGAGACCUGAGCAUUCACGGCAUAAGAGCGUCGCGAGCAUCCCGCUGAGGUCUACCGAUCCGCCACGGACGAUUGAGCUGUCAUUCGACAAGAUUGCCGACGUGUGCGACGAUACAUUCUUUGACCCAUCGGUGGCACCGACGACAUUUGACGACGAGGAUUACCCUGUGCAUUUGCUCAUCUACCGCCAUCUGCUGCAGCUACCCAUGGACGUGAGGGCAGUCUGCAUGCCUCGCAUCAUCUUCACAGGCGGCUGCUCAAGCAUUCUGGGCAUCAAGGAGCGAAUCAUGGACGAAGUAACAGGCAUCGUCAAAAGAAAGGGAUGGGCCAAUGUCUCUGGCAAGCACGUGGAGGAAUCUCGAAACAGCCAAUUCUCCGACAGGAGAGCGAGCAUCGCCCGGUCGGUCAGCUCAACAGCUACAGCGUCCGACCUCGGAGAGGAACAAGAGUCGUCCCGGCCGAGCUCGAUAGCCACGCAAUCGGACGUGGGAGAUCCCAUCGAAGCAAAGGUCGCGCGCCAUCGGCCACAGCUCACUCAGAUGCAGGGCGAAUUCCGCACUCUCCAUUCUCUCGGGCCGUGGGCAGGAGCAAGCUUGGUUUCGCAGCUCAAGAUCCCCGCCAUGGCUACGGUAGACCGCGAGCUGUGGCUGCAGCAGGGGGUCUAUGGGGCGUCGCGGCCAAACGAAAUCGACGUCAAGGCACAGCAGCGCCAAAGUAUGGGCGCCGGAGGCUUCAUUCGUGGCAGCGGGGGCCAUCACACCAACUGGACACUGGGAACAUGGGGCAACGUAUGA